UUCAGGACGGCGGCGGCGGCUGCGUCAUGGCGGAGGUGGCUUUAGACGCUGUGCGGAGGGAGUUACGAGAAUUCCCGGCCGCGGCACGGGAGCUCAGCGUGCCUCUUGCUGUGCCCUACCUGGACGAGCCCCCCACUCCACUCCACUUCUACCGGGACUGGGUCUGCCCCAACAGGCCCUGUGUCAUCCGCAACGCCCUGCGGCACUGGCCGGCUCUCCAGAAGUGGUCGCUCCCCUACCUCAGAGCCACCGUGGGCUCCACGGAGGUGAGUGUGGCCAUAACCCCAGAUGGUUAUGCGGAUGCUGUGCGCGCGGACCGCUUUGUGAUGCCUGCUGAGCGCCGCCUGUCCCUGAGCUGCGUGCUGGACGUGCUGGAGGGCCGAGCCCAACACCCAGGAGUCCUCUACGUGCAGAAGCAGUGCUCCAACCUGCCCACCGAGCUGCCCCAGCUGCUGCCUGAUCUGGAGCCCCAUGUGCCCUGGGCCUCAGAGGCACUGGGAAAGAUGCCUGAUGCUGUGAACUUCUGGCUGGGGGAGGCGGCUGCAGUGACAUCUUUGCAUAAGGAUCACUACGAGAACCUCUACUGUGUGGUGUCGGGAGAGAAACACUUCCUGCUACAUCCCCCCAGCGACCGGCCCUUCAUCCCCUACGAGCUGUAUACACCGGCAACCUACCAGCUAACUGAAGAGGGCUCCUUCAAAAUGGUAGAUGAGGAGGCGAUGGAGAAGGCAAAGGUGCCGGGGACCUGCUUGCUCACCGUUCGUGUUCUGCAGGCCCGUGGCCUGCCCUCCAAGGACCUAGUGACCCCCUCUGACUGCUAUGUGACUCUCUGGCUGCCCACGGCGUCCAGCCAAAAGCUUCAGACACAUACGGUUAAGAACAGCAGAAACCCCAACUGGAAUCAGAGCUUUCGCUUCCGAAUCCACAGCCAGCUCAAGAACGUCCUACAGCUGCAAGUCUUUGACCAGGACCUUUUGACCAGCGAUGACCCUGUGUUGUCAGUGCUGUUUGACGUGGGGACUUUGCAGGCUGGGGAGUUCCGCCGUGAGAGUUUCCCCCUGAACCGUCAGGGUGAGGAGCAGCUGGAAGUUGAAUUUCGGCUGCAAAGUUUGACACACUGUGCUGAGCAGCUGGUCAGCAAUGGCAUCCUGGUGGCCCGGGAGCUCUCCUGCUUGCAUGUUCGACUGGAGGAGGCAGGGGACCAGCAGGGGUCAGAAGGCAGAGUUCAGCUUGCGGUUCCCGGGGCCCGUGAGGGUCCACAGGAGACCUCAGUGGGCGCUGGCUCCUUCCGCUUCCAUUGCCCCGCCUGCUGGGAGCCGGAGCUCAGUGUUCAUCUGCAGGAUGCCCCCCAGGAUCAACUGAAGGUGCCCCUGAGGGCCCUGCCCUCUGGCCAAGUGGUGAGGCUCGUCUUCCCUACAUUACAGGAGCCCCUGAUGAGGCUGGAGCUGAAAAAAGAAGAAGGACCCAGGGAGCUGGCCGUGCGGCUGGGCUGCGGGCCCUGCCCUGAGGAGCAGGCCUUCCUGAGCAGGAGGAAGCGGGUGGUGGCCAAGGCCCUGAAGCAGGCCCUGCAGCUGGACGAAGACCUGGAGGAGGAUGAGAUCCCAGUGGUAGCUGUCAUGGCCACCGGCGGUGGGAUCCGGGCGAUGACGUCCCUGUAUGGGCAGCUGGCUGGCCUGAGGGAGCUAGGCCUCCUGGAUUGUGUCUCCUACAUCACAGGGGCCUCGGGCUCCACCUGGGCUUUGGCCAACCUCUAUGAGGACCCAGAGUGGUCUCAGAAGGACCUGGCAGGGCCCACUGAGUCGCUGAAGGCCCAGGUGACCAAGAGCAAACUGGGCGUGCUGGCCCACAGCCGGUUGCUGCAGUACCGGCAAGAGCUGGCUGAGCGUGCCCGCCUGGGCCACCCGACCUGCUUCACCAACCUGUGGGCCCUUAUCAACGAGGCGCUGCUGCAUGAUGAGCCCCACGACCACAAACUCUCAGACCAGCGGGAGGCGGUGAGUCACGGCCAGAACCCGCUGCCCAUCUACUGUGCCCUCAACACCAAGGAGAAGAAGCUGACCACCUUUGAAUUUGGGGAGUGGGUCGAGUUCUCCCCCUACGAGGUUGGCUUUCCUAAGUACGGCGCCUUUAUCCCCUCCGAGCUCUUUGGCUCCGAGUUCUUCAUGGGACGCCUGACGAAGCAGCUUCCUGAGUCCCGCAUCUGCUUCCUAGAAGGUAUUUGGAGCAACCUGUAUGCAGCCAACCUCCAGGACAGCUUAUACUGGUCCUCAGAACCCAGCCAGUUCUGGGACCGCUGGGCCCAGGAUCAGGCCAGUUUGAGCAAGGAACGCGUGCCCCUUCUGAAGAUCGAAGAGCCUCCCACAGCAGCUGGCAGGAUAGCUGAGUUUUUCACUGACCUUCUGACAUGGCGACCGCUUGCCCAGGCCACCCACAACUUCUUGCAUGGCCUCCAUUUCCACAAGGACUAUUUCCAACAUCCUCACUUUUCCACCUGGAAAGCCACCAAACUGGAUGGGUUCCCCAAUCAGCUGACACCUGCUGAGCCCUACCUUUGUCUACUGGACGUCGGCUACUUUAUCAACACCAGCUGCCUACCCCUCCUGCAGCCCACACGGGAUGUGGACCUCAUCCUGUCACUGGACUACAACCUCCAUGGAGCCUUUCAGCAGCUGCAGCUCCUGGGCCAGUUCUGCCAGGAGCAAGGGAUCCCUUUCCCACCCAUCUCGCCCAGCCCCGAGGAGCAGCGCCAACCUCAAGAGUGCCACCUGUUCUUGGACCCUGACUGCCCUGAAGCCCCUGCCGUGCUACACUUCCCCCUGCUCAAUGACUCCUUCCGGGAGUACUCAGCCCCUGGGGUCCGGCGGACAGCUGAGGAGAAGGAGUCUGGGGAAGUGAACCUGUCUUCAUCCAGCUCGCCCUACCACUACUCGAAGGUGACAUACAGCCAGGAGGAUGUGGACAAGCUGCUCCACCUGACGCAUUACAAUAUCUGUAACAACCGGGAGCGGCUGCUGGAGGCCCUGCGUGAGGCUGUGCAGCGGCGGAGGCAGCGCAAGCAGCCCCGGCCCCAGUGAUGGCAGCAGGAGGGGGUGCCGCCCUGGCCUGGGGCUCCCACCAGGCUCACUGCCCCUGACUCUUCUUCAGGCUGACUCCCCACUCUCUGGUUGCCCUGAGUUGAGUCGGGACAGAGACAGUCGUUCCCAGGUGUCCCAGAGCCGCUGGGGUUGCGGAUGGUCCUGUUUGGGGCUCCACCAGGGUGUGUGCCUGGCACCGCUGAGGUGAGGCACUGAAGCCACCAGCAAGCCUGCCGUAGACGCCUCCGGGUAGGUCUGGAGUUCUAAAUGGGCGGGGGCCUGGUCCCUGUGAUGGGCUGGAGAUGGCUUCCUUUUGAGCAAGGAGAAGAUUUAGAGGUUCUGUGGCAGCUGGCCAUAGAGACGGGGGAGCCCAGAGUAGCAUGCCCAUAUUUGUGUAAGGGCUCAAAGCCCCACGACCUGUGUCUGUUCUCCUUUUCUUGCUACCUUGAGUAGUUGUACAGUGUGAAACAGCGCUUUAUGUAUUACAGCAGCUCACACAAAUGUGAAGCAUUAUCUGAGAUUCUGUCGUUGCUGCCAAGAAGGAAGGGACAUGUUAUUCCAGGCUUUCGGUUACACAGGGCAAGGACCGGUCUAAGGAAAAUGUCUCUCCAGGCACCUCACAGAGCUAUCGCGUCAGCUUGGGAUUCCCCCGAAGCCUGGGCCAUCUGUUCCCGGUCUGUCUGCCCUGCUGGGGGCCGCCCUUUGCAAGCAGGCAGGAGGCCAGUUUGGCCUGGGGGUGGGGGUGGGGGAUCUCGAUUGCUGCAGCCUUACAGGCAGUGACAGCGCCCCUGGCCUCACCCAGGCCUAGCGGUGUAGCCAGGGACUCAAAGGGCUGCUUCCUGUCCCAUUGUAUGGGUGGCCAGACCUGGCACCAGAUGAGCCAAAGAAAGAUACCAGCGCCAACGGCAUAGCUGCACCAAGCUGUGACUUGGUGAAGUCUCUUAAAAAUGAACCAUGUGUUCCGGAAGUUGGUUCUGAGGGGCCUGGUAGCUGAGUCUUGCUCUGGUCCCCUAGGGGGUGUUCUCACUUGUAGCCCUGAGGUUUGGUCCCACCUCAGGGUUCGCUUCAGGGCCUAGACCUGUGGGGAGAACAGGGAGGCAGAGUGAAUUUAGGGCCUAGCCACCCCAGAAUCUUCUCCACACACUGGCCUCCCUGAGAAUACCCCACCUCCUCCUAACGUCCAUGUGGGAUGUGGAUACUGGGAGCCAUAGGAGGGGUGCCCAUGGUGUGUGGGGGGGAUGGGAAAUUAUUGGUUCUCAUGACCCAGUGACACUCAGGCCCUGCCCUGGGCAUGGACUAGAAUCACAGAGCAGAAGAAAUGGCUGCCCUGGUAUCCUUAGAAACCACUGUGUCCAGGACAAAGCCCAUUCACUCAGCCACACAUCCCCUGAAUCAUGGAUUGGAACCCGUGGGCCCUGCAGGAGUGUCAGUGGAUAACACAUCAGAGACCACCACUGUGGCUGCCACCGUUAUGCUGUGAGGGCUCCUCAGGCACGAGGCUGUGUGUGUGUGCUGUCUGUGUGUGGGUUUGUCUCCUUGUGGGCCUCUGUAUAAGUAAAUGUGUGUGUCUGGGUGACAUCCUGACCUCUUAGGACAGUAAGGUCCUCCUUUCCCCUUGGAGCGGGACCAGGUCCUUGGACUAGGGAAAGCAGGAGAGGGUGGAGGCAGAGAGCAGGGACAUGAGCAAGGGUGCCGGAGAGGUCUGCUGUCCUGCAAACAAUGCUCCGUCUUGGAGAAGAGGAGGAGGAAACCAAGGAGGCAGGGACGUGUGGGUCCCAGGUGGACAGAGCCAGGCAAGCUUUCCAGUGUGUGCAAAGGUCACAUGG